AUGGUUUCCCAGAACCUCAGCCUCCUUCUUUCAGUCCUCGUGGCCACUGCCAACGCGGCACCUGCUGCGGAAGCAUCUCUCUCCGACACUGUGAUUGCCAAGCGUGCCAGCGCCUGCUCCUUCACUGGCACCGUCGACGUCACUAAGGUGGCUGCCGCCUUGCCAACGUGUUCGUCCGUCACUUUCAACGCCGUCACGGUCCCUGCUGGCAAGACGCUUGAUCUAUCCAAGUUGGCCGACAAUACGGCUGUCAACUUCCAGGGCACCUCAACCUUCUUAGUGCAGAAGGGCUUCGCUGGUCCUCUUGUCAACAUCGGCGGCAAGAACAUUGUCGUCACCGGCGCAGCUGGCGCCGUUCUCGAUGGCCAGGGUGCACAGUACUGGGACGGCCAGGGCAGCAACGGCGCUACCCCGAAGCCUAAGUUCCUGGCCGCUCACAGUCUCACUGGAACCUCGGCCAUCAACAACCUCAAACUCCUCAAUACGCCCGUCCAGGCCGUCAGCAUCAACGGAUGCGACGGGCUCAAGAUCAACAAGAUGACCAUCGACAAUUCGGCCAGUGAUGGCCUGGCCAGCAACAAGAUGGCCCACAACACGGACGGUUUCGACAUCGGCGCGAGCAGCAACAUUGUCAUCGAUGGCGCGGUUGUGCACAACCAGGACGACUGCGUGGCGAUCAACUCCGGAACGGGCAUCACAUUCCAGAACGGAAAGUGCACUGGCGGCCACGGCCUGUCCGUUGGCUCCGUGGGCCAUGGAAGCACCACCGCCAGCAACACCGUCAGCAAUGUCAAGUUCCUGAGCAGUUCGGUCACAAACUCGGCGAACGGUAUUCGCGUCAAGUCGUUCUUCGACGGCACCGGCAAGAUCGACGCCGUGACCUACAGCGGCAUCACGCUCUCAGGCAUCACUGGCCACGGCAUCCUGAUCGAGCAGAACUACGACGGCGGCGACCUGUCCAAGACCCACGGCCCCGGCUCCGGCGUACCCAUCACCGGCCUGACAAUUUCGGGCAUCACAGGCACCGGUGGCGUGACCAGCUCUGGCACCAAUGUCGCCAUCGAGUGCGCCUCCUGCACCGGGUGGACCUGGAACUCUGUGGCUGUCACGGGCGGCUCGAAGUUCUCCUGUGUGGGCGAGCCCUCUGUUAUCCCCGCUGGUGUAUGUGCAUAA